AAAAAAAAAAAAAAAUAAAAAGUGGAAGUGGAAGUGGAAGUGCGCGUUGCUGUUUUUGCAUUUCCUCUUUGGUUCUGCUGCUCCAUCUACAAGAUUUAUCAUCCACAUUCAGCUCCAGGCACUUAAUGCAGGUGCCGGUGUCAAUUUUGCCGUCGUGCCGCUGUUUACAUGUGGAAGUUGUACAGAAACGCUGACAACAAACAAGAAGCAUAACAACAACAAUAAAGUGACGCUGCAAAGAAUCGAGAACAGCAAAACAAAACGUCAGACAUAAGCAAAUUACCAGUGUUGAUAAACGUUAACCGCUGGACGUAUCAAUUGCAACUGUAAACUGUGAACAGCUCAGCGACAGUAGGACUAGACGGAAAAAGCAUUGGAAUAUAAAAGCUAAAAAGUAGCUUCUGGAGCCGAGGAGGUGUGUUGGCAGGUGCGCUUAUUCAGCGUUAAGCCGGCUUUGUGUUGUACGCGUGUGCGGGGGAGGGGGGCGCGGUUGAGUGUCCACUGUUCGUGAGAUGUUGUCAUUCACUCCGCAAGUGGUUAAACGUUUGUUAGCACUCAAAAAGGGCAACGAGGACAAUAGUGUCGAGGGCAAGUGGUCCGAGAAAGCCGUCAGGAACUUGGUGAAAAAGAUCAAAAAGAAUUCACAGAUUGAGGAACUAGAGCGAGCCAUAUCCACGCAGAAUUGCAACACCCGGUGUGUGACAGUGCCGCGCAGCAAACCCGCUGCCACUGGCGAGAGCCUACGCAAGGGUUUACCGCACGUCAUCUAUUGCCGAUUGUGGCGCUGGCCCGAUCUCCAAUCGCAGAAUGAACUAAAGCCGCUCGAUCACUGCGAGUACGCGUUCCAUUUGCGAAAGGACGAUAUCUGCAUCAAUCCGUAUCACUACAAGAAGAUAGAGCUGUCGAUAUUAGUGCCCAAGUCGCUGCCAACGCCCCCCGACUCCAUAGUCGACUAUCCAUUGGACAAUCACACACAUCAGAUACCAAAUAAUACGGAGUACAAUGCUGCAAUAAUACGCAGCGCCUCGCUCAGUCCGCCACAGUAUAUGGAAUUGGGUGGCAGCAGCAGCAACAGCAGCAGCAACACCACUAUCAACUCAACGGCAACGGGUGCCGGUGGCUAUCAGCAACAGCAGCAACAGCAGCAUCAGCAGCUGCAACAGCAACACUCGCCACUAUCCUUUGGCAGCGUGGUAGGAGUCGGCCAGAACUUGCCGCCGGGCAGCUGCAACAUGGACUCGCAAUCCAGCGUUCUCAGCGUGGGCAGCAGCAUACCCAAUACGGGCACUCCACCGCCGGGCUAUAUGAGCGAGGAUGGUGAUCCAAUUGAUCCCAAUGAUAAUAUGAAUAUGUCGCGGCUAACACCGCCCGCCGAUGCUGCACCAGUGAUGUACCAUGAGCCGGCCUUCUGGUGCUCCAUAUCCUACUAUGAACUAAAUACCCGAGUGGGCGAAACCUUUCACGCCUCACAACCAUCAAUAACAGUGGACGGAUUUACCGAUCCAUCCAAUUCGGAGCGCUUCUGUUUGGGCCUACUCUCGAACGUGAAUCGCAACGAGGUCGUUGAGCAAACGCGUCGCCAUAUCGGCAAAGGUGUUCGCCUCUAUUACAUUGGCGGUGAGGUCUUUGCCGAAUGCCUGAGCGAUUCAUCAAUAUUCGUUCAGAGUCCCAAUUGUAAUCAGCGUUACGGCUGGCAUCCGGCAACUGUCUGCAAAAUACCGCCAGGCUGCAAUCUAAAGAUCUUCAAUAAUCAAGAGUUUGCCGCCUUGCUAUCCCAGUCAGUCUCGCAGGGAUUCGAGGCCGUUUAUCAGCUAACGCGCAUGUGCACCAUUCGCAUGUCCUUCGUCAAGGGCUGGGGUGCCGAAUAUCGCCGGCAGACGGUUACCUCCACGCCCUGCUGGAUCGAGCUCCAUUUGAAUGGGCCACUCCAAUGGCUCGAUCGUGUACUCACCCAAAUGGGAUCGCCUCGAUUGCCCUGCAGCUCCAUGUCCUAAGUGUGACAACAAAUUCAAAAA